UAAAAGCAAAGCAUUUCCACUAGUCAACCUUGAGGAAGUGGUUUCGGAGGACAGAAUUCAUCAAAGACUGGAUACUGUACACUGGAUGAUCCAGAGGACAUAUCAUGGCGUGUUUUGCUUCCUCACUUAGUAUCAUCAUUCUGGCUGGAUUCAUCAACCUCUCAGUCGCUCUUAAGGACACCUGCGACCUCUAUGCUGCAGUUGGGCAGAUGCUGUCUCUGCCAUUUGACUACAAGGAAUUGGCAAACACACAUGUGUUGAGAUGGACACACAAUAACACAAUUAUUUUCUACAGGCAGCCAGGCAGAGUGUCUGUUGGAAAGUUAGAGGACAUCUCUGCCACUGGAUCUCUGCAGCUGAAGAACCUGAAGUUCUCAAGUGCUGGGAUUUACAAAGCAGAUGUCCUCAAUAACAAUGGGACAUUUGUUAAAGGGUGGACCGGUCGUCUCUGCAUAAUGGAGAAAGUAUCAAAGCCCCAAGUGAAGCAUGUUUGUGACUCGAAGGCUAACAUUGUGACCCUUACCUGCUUUGUAACCAAACCUCAAGGUUUGGUUUUCUCAUGGACCCUGGAUGAAAAGACACUAGCCAGUGAAACAAAGCAAACGCUGAGCAUAUCAUUAACAAAGCUGAAAGGGGAGAACAACUUUACAUGCAGUGUAGCGAACAACGUCAGCAAGGAGAAAAGCAACGCCAUUCGUUUAACAUGUAAAGGUUCAGAGCCAGCUCCACCAGCCAAGCUUUGCUUUCAACGAAAAGCAGUAAUGGCAGUGCUAGCAGGGAUGACGUCUCUGAUUCUGCUGCUGCUCAUCAUCAUUAUCAUAUUGUGUUGGCGGCUCAGGCACAACAAAACCCUCACCAGCCUGGGAGACAAAGGGGAGCACCAAAUGGUUCCGAUGAACAAGUACAAGAGGCACGAGUCUAACAGCCCAGAGUAUGAGACGAUGCAUCCCACUGAGGCCUCUCCUGCCCCGAGUCCCAAGCUGCCACCAAGAGCCUAUGAGCAUUCUGUUCCCCAGGCCCAAGAGAAGCUUCUAGAGGUUUCCACACCUGCUGAAGUGGGACAGCCUUCACCAGUGCCCAAGCCAAGGAUGAAAACUCUGCAGACACAAAACAACUGA